AUGAAUUCUGCGACUUCAACGAAUGUCGUUUCUACUGCUACAUCAUAUACAACUGAUACGGCAGCCAAACAUGGUCAUGAUCUAAAAGGUGGCAGUAAUAGCAAGGAUAGUGAUUCCGAAGGCGAAGGAGCUGAAGAGAUAUUAGAGGAAAGUCCAUGCAAAAGAUGGAGUAAACGGCGUGAACAAGUAAAGCAGCGUAAUGUCCCUGGGAUCGAUUAUGCUUAUUUAGCAAUGGACAAUGAAACAGGUAACGAAGUGGUGUGGAAUGAAGUUCUCUUCUCCGAACGCAGAAAUUUCCGUUCACAAGAAGAACAUAUAAACGCAGUUUUCGACGAGCUGACUCAUCUCGUGCAUACGAAUCUCGUUAAAUUUCAUAAAUAUUGGACAGAUUCGAAAUCUGACAAACCAAGGAUAAUAUUCAUAACAGAGUAUAUGUCAUCUGGUUCAUUGGCACGAUUCUUACAACGUACUCGCAAAUCCGGAGCUACUUUAAAUUUGAAGGCUUGGAAAAAAUGGACUACCCAAAUUCUCUCUGCUUUGAAUUAUUUGCACUCAUGUAACCCUCCAGUCGUUCACGCAAAUCUUACUUGCAACACAAUGUUUAUUCAACAUAAUGGUUUGAUCAAGAUCGGUUGUGUCGCUCCAACUGCUAUUCAACAUCAUGUGAAGACGUUUCAAGAGAAUAUCAGAAAUAUGCAUUACAUUGCGCCUGAAUAUGAACAUUGUAAUGCUGUAGCUCCGCCAGCUGACAUCUAUUCCUUUGGAAUAUGUGCGCUAGAGGCAAGUUUAAUCUCGAAUAUGAGCUUAAGUAUUGGCAGUAUGGCUUUACCGAUGGGUUUGUGCGGCUCUUCAAAUGGUACUGAAACAAGUGUCGUUUCACAAGAGAUGGUUAGGAGAGGACUGGAAUCAUUGGAAGAUCCUAUGCAAAGAGAUUUUAUUGAGAGCUGUUUGAAUCAGGACGUAUCUAAAAGGCCCACUGCUCGCGACUUAUUAUUCCAUACUAUUUUGCUUGAGGUGCAUUCUUUAAAAUUAUUGGCUGCUCACUGUAUUGUCUCAUCAAAAUUGAAUGAUAGUUUAAACGAAGAUGAUCUACAUGUAGAGGAUCCGAAUCGCAUUGCAGCGACAUCAGGAUUUUGCGAAAUGGCUUAUAACCAGGUCCCUUCUUUUCAGGUAGAUCUGGAAAAAUUUUUGGAAGAUGUUAGUAAUGGAAUAUAUCCGCUUGUUGCAUUUACCCCUCUUUCUCACCAUCAGAGAAUGACGACUUCACCAUCUUCAUCUGCUACAGUUGGCGAGCAGCAACAUGAAGAUCGCGGGUCAGAUGGUGACAAACCGGAACCGACACCCUCCCCUCCAGCAGAUUCACCGGUAGAAUACAAAGAAAGCAGGUCAAUCAUCAAAUGUACUGUCACACUUAACGGGUCACUAUUAACAUUAAUUGUUCAAUUAGAUGAUAUGAUGAAUCGGCAAUUGACAGCCAGAAUAACUGAGAAUGAUAGCGCAAGUAUAUUAGCGGCCGAAUUAGUGCAGCAUGGUUUGAUAGCUGAGAGCGAUGAGAUGAGAGUGGAAGAAGCAUUCGCAAAAGCUCUUGCAAAAGAUACAACUGAUAAUAUUUUGACGAAUGAAGAAAUAGUUCAAAAAGGAUCUACGUCGACGCCGUGA